AUGGAAAAACCGGCGAAGAAAACUGCAAUUGGUGGGUUUUUUUUUAGAUUACAAGGGGCUUUUUUUCAGAAACAAGAUUUAAAAUUUAUCCAAAAAAUUUCUAGAACUGGAACUAAUCUGUGAUCGAAGUUACAGAGCUCCAAAAUGAGUCUGUAAUUGAUUUUAAAGAAUUUUUUUGGAUAAAAUGUUCUAGAAGCAAAUUUUGGCUUUUGAAAUGUUCUCUCAUAAAAAUUUCGAAACGUAAAAAAAUCUGGAUUUUUUGGGGGGAACCAAGAAAUUCGCACAAAUCUUUAGACUGAACCAAAACCUUAACCAAUUAAUACUUUUGUGAUUUUUAGGUGCAUUCUUUGGUCGUUUCAAUCGAAGUAAAAGCCGUGAUAUUUCUGAUGAAACAAUUCAUAAUAACAGCAAAAAAACCGAUAUGUAAGUUUUCUUAUAACAAAUAUUCUAUUUAAUUUCUAAAAUUUUCAGUCAUCAUAACCCAAUUUCUUCUUCUUCCUCAACAUCGACUUCAAAAGAUGAAGAUUUGAUUCAAAAUUCAGUUUCAUCUUCGAAAUCUGAUGGAAAUUUGAAAGAGAAGGAGCACAAGGAUUCGCCAGCUCGGAGAAUUUUUUAGAAGAUUUUCGAAUUUUAGAUCGAGUAGCAGAAACAGAGUGAGUUUUUGAACGAAAAAUGAUUUCUAGAAGUUCUGAUCAUGGUCCCGUCAGGAAAAAUCGCAGAACUUAACUCGUAACUUGAGUUAUGACGUGGCAAAUUUCGAAAAUAUUGAGAAAUGAGCAAGAAAUUAGAUGGAGCACAUUUGAAAAUGCUCAAAUAUUGAUGUGAGAGGCUCAAAAUGAGUUUACUUCAGAAAAAAUGUAAUACAUAUAUGGCCGAACUAUUUGAGUGGCCUAAAAAUGUCAGGAAUUCGGCCAAUGCAACACAUUCGCUCUAAUCUUACUGAAAUUAUUAAUGUUGGACGAAUUCCCGACAUUUCUAGGCCACUCAAAUAGUUCGGCCAUAUGUGUAUUCUUCAAUUUUUUGUGAAGUAAAUUCAUUUUGAGGCUCAUACAUCAAUAUUUGAGCAUUUUCAAUAUUUUCGAACUUUGCCACGUCAUAACUCAUGUUCUACAAUUUUCGACGACGGGAUCGUGAUCAGCGGAUUGAAAAGUUCUAGAAAAAAUAUUUUGAAUCCCCUCCCCUUCUUCUCAAAAAAUAAAAUUGCAGGCCGAAUCAAGCGAAUCAACACCAAAACCUUUAAAAGGUCGCCAGCCGGGUGGAAUUAUGAAAUCUGAGCAAGAUUUGGCGAACGCCAUCAAAACCACCCCAAAUAGUCAUUUUUCUCGACAAAAUCAUGUCACAUUUAGUUCCGGCGCAAUGUCAGAAAUGGAUUUGAGGAAUGUCACAACUCGCAAUUAUCAUGUUCGUUUUUUUUUGGGUUUUUUGUGUUUUUCACACCGGAAAUAAUAUAUUCAAAGCAUAUUCAUUGUAGGUCACAAUGCCUGAUGAUGAUUUUGGUUUUGGGGAAAAGUCGCCACGUGGAUUUUUGUCGGAGAAUGAUUUGACGACUGGAAAUAUUGAGAUUGGUGAAAAUGUUAGCCGAACUCCCAGUUAUUUGAAAUUGUCUUGUUCGAUUUAUGGUUAUAGCAAGUGAGUUGCUGAAAAAUCAUUAAAAAACCGCGAUUUUUUUUUGAAUUUUCGCGAGAAAUGUUCAAGAAUUGCUGAAAAUAAAUAAUUCGUAGUUUGAAAAUAUGAAAUAACAUCUAGUACCGGAUGGUUCCUCGAUUUUCGAAAUUGUACAAGUUGGUAAUGAUAAUUUUUGAAUUGUUGCUCGGUGAAGACCAACCACAUGAAUUGAAUACUGAAAAAUCAAAUUAUUAGGGUUAGGCUAAGACUUAAUUUGGGUUUCGGUUGAUUUUUCAAAACUUGAAUUGGCAAUAGAAUUUGUAUUCCUUCGAAACUCAAAAAAUCUCAACCUUAUCUAGAAAGCAAGAAUGCGAAAAGGAUCAGAAUUGAUAGUUCCAGAAAAACAAUUAUGAAAAUUUUGAAACGUAAAUUUUCCUAGAUUUUUUACUCACUUCUUCAAUGAAAAUUCCUCUAAACUGCUGAAAAAUCAUGGGGUGAUUCAGGUCGAAAAAAAAACUAAAAAAAAACUUUUUUUUACAAAAAAAAUUCGAUUCAGCAAAUGUCAAAAAACUAUAUUUUUUUCUAUUUCUCGACAUUUUUUGACAUUUUUUUUCAUUGAAACAUUUUCGCUGCGAGAUAUCUCUCAUUUUUGUGUGGAAAAAAAUAUAGUUUUUUGACAUUUGCUGAAUCGAAUUUUUUUGUAAAAAAAUGUUUUUUUUUAGUUUUUUUUUCGACCUGAAUCACCCCAUCACAGAAUACUAGGUUGUGUGUAAACACCGCGACGCACAAAUGCACACAUUGUGUACCGUAGUGCAACUUUUGCAGAAAAGCGCGCGACAAAUGUGUCCAAUUUCUUGGAAAUUUUUCGGCGCUUCGAAAAGCUUUGAAAUUAAAAUUUUCUGUCGUCAAAAAAUCCACCUCUCAUGGAAAAAUCGAAUUUUAAAAUUUGAGUGCUGAAAAUUUCUCAAAAAUUAAAAAUUUUGCCACGUGGCAUUUUUAAGGAAGUGAAUUAUUAUUAUGGCUGAAAAGUUUUUGUUUUUGAACACCAAAACAAAGAAAACACGAUUAAAUUCAUAUAAAUCUCAAAGAUAACAUCUCAUUUAUUUGAUUCGAAGAAAUUCACAUCAAAAGUUGUCAUUAAUAAAUCCUAGAAUUUAAUUAUAACCCUCAUUUUGACCCGAUUAUUUUUCAAUGAAAAAAAUCGAACGGCAAAUUUUUAUCGUAUUUGUUUUUUUCAUUAAAAAAUAAAUUUGAAACUGAUAAGGAUCCAGCAUUCUUUUGAUAUGAAACUUGUUCAAAAAAUUGAUUUUCAGAUAUUUUUAGGCUUAGGGUUGAAGCUUUAGGCUCUUAGAAUUUAGGUAUUAGACUUUGGACUAAUUAAGCUCAUGCUUAGGGUUCUUUAGGCUCAAGAUUCAUUAGGCUUAAGAUUCUUCAGGGUUCUUCACCCUAACUUCAGAUUCCAAAUGUGUUUUUUUCCAGAUCUCCGAAAAAAGUGGAUAGUGAAGCAUCAGAAGCAAUUCGACACAUGGGUGAAAGUUUAGUUGAAAGAAGAUUAAAAAUGUUCAAUCAACCACAGGCACGAAAUAAUGAAUUUUCGAGUCCAAUUGUAACGCAUGUUUCAACAAGUUCGGAAUCGAAAUCGGCACAUUCGAAUUUUGAAGUGUGAGUUUUUUUUGGGCGGGCUGAAAUUUGGGGAAUUUUGAGACCAAAUACGAUAGGAGAGAUUUUCAAAAUUCAAAUUUAAUUCCAUCAAAAAUCCACUUGGCUUUCAAAAAUUCAAAUUUUCUGAAGUUGAAAUUUUUUGAUCAAAGGUUAAAUUGUGCCACCCAUUUUUUCACAUUUUUCUAUUUCUUUCUAUUCUCCAAAAAAUGUCUUUUGUCCUUUUUAUUAUGAAUUGCUUUUGAAUCCAUCCAAACAUUUUCAUUUUUUUUCGUCUUCUCAAAAAAUUCCAAAUAUUUUGAACCUGAAAAAGUGCGCAAAAAUCUGAAAGAAUAAAGCAUAUUUUCAGCAUUGAACAGGUGUGUUCAUAAUAGUGUGAAUAAUAAGCCAAUUGGUGUAUUUUACACUACAUAGUCUUGGGCUUUUUUUUACACCACACGAAAAUGUUACUGCUUUCCUUUACUACUAUUUUGUUGUUGUUUCUUCGACCAAAAAUGCUUCUUUUUUUGGUUGUUUCUUCUUCUUCUUUUUUUCGCGUCUGAAUGAAUUUAUAAUCCGAAGCCCCGUAUUUAAUGCAUAGCUUAGUAGUAGUGGAGUAGAAAACAGAGAGGUGCGAAAACUGGUUUUACAAUCUGAUGUGGUGGUUUUUUUCUGUGUUGCGGUUUUUUGGGGAGGUCGAGAGGGUUUUUAUGAGGUUUUUUAUCGUUUUGGACCUGAAAAUUGAGACUUGUGUGAAAAUUUGGUUUUGAGAGGCUCUAGGCGAGAUUAGCGCGCACUGGGAAUCGAACCUGUGACCCGAAGAUUGACAGCAGCCACCAUUUCCACUGAGCUACCUAUUUCAGACAUUUUUCAAAAUUUUCGUCAUUUGGAAAAUUUUUGCACAUUUUUCUAUCAAAUUUAAAUUUUCAGCCGAUUUUUGAGGGGAACUUUGAAUUCCUAGAAAAAAAUCUGAUUCUGAGUUCUGAAUCUGUGAAAAAACAGAAUUUGAAUGAAAAUUCUCAAGCCUCUUUGAAAAAUUUUGAGCCCAAAAAUUAUCAUUUUUCUGUUGAAAUUUGUAUAAUUUAAAUGUGUCGACAAUAUUUUCCCCCAAAAAUUUCUAUACGGAAAUUAGAGAAUUCUGGGAUUUCUCAUUAAAUCCAGGAAGUGAAUCAUUUGUUAUUUUGUUUUGAUUGGCUGGCGGUACGUCCUUUGAAGCUCAAAAAAUUCUCCACCAGAAAUAUGACACGUUCUUUUUCCCCCUGAAAUAUUCAUAAGAGUCAUCCUUACAUAUUUCUCCAAGUUCCUUUUUUUUCUUGUUCUUGUUCUUGUUCGAAUUCCUCAACCGUGACCUGACCCUAUUCAGGAUUUUAAUCCACUUAGUUUCUCUUCCAAGUUACGCUAAAUGUAAUUCAUACAUUUUGUAACAUAUUGCUUUUGGUCAUCUCAUCUCCAUUCUAUUCUUCGUCAUUUUUGGUCAUAUCCAAUUUCUCCUCGUUUUUUCCAUGCUUUUCGUUCUAUCCGCAGUCAAGUGGCCCUUCUGUCAUCAUAAUUAAAGAGAAGAUUCAGCCAUGUGAAAAAAUAAUAAUAAAAUACAUGUGUUCCUCUCUUUUGUUAUUAGGCCUCGAAUGUUUGUCAUGUUUCAUUAUUUUUUGAUGUUAGUUGUUUAGUUUUGGAGGCAAAAAUUGAAUAUUUUUGAAUAUUUUUAUACAUAGUUUGGUGCUGCUUUGUGACUUUUGAAUUUUGUUCUGCUGAAAUCAUCUGACAUUCUUAAUUUUCAAAUGUUGUUUGGUCGAACUUGAAUUUAUUUCAAGUAAGUUCAGCCACGAAAAAUCCAGAAUCUGAAAUUACAGCAGACAUUUUCUGUACCAGAAUCCUUAGUGUCCAGAGGUUUUUUUUUUGAAAAAAAUGAUUUCGGGAACCGGGAUUCGAACUCUGGUCUAUUUCGACAGCAUCCCAAUUUUAUUUUGAAAAUUUCAAUGCAGGAUACCUUUGCUUAGAAAUCCCGAAUAAUUUUUUUGAAGACGAAAAUCAGUAUUUUUUUCACUUCAAAAAUUAUUUCUUCAGGUUUUUUGGAUUUUCGCGCGAAAGUUGAAUUUUCACGAGAUUUAGUCCAUUUUAACCCUAUUCUCCCAUUGAACACAUUCAAAAUUAAUGAGAAAACUGGAUUAUCUGAGCCAACUUUUUAGUUCAAUUGUAAGUGCACAAAGUGCUUUCUGACAGAUGUAUUCAAGAAAAUUCUAGGUUAAAAUUAGAAUUUAAUUUUUUUUUAAAUUUGGCUCUGAAAAUUGGCUUCCGGAAAACCUUCUUCACUGAAGAAAUCCUCGAAGCUGUCAAAUUUAUGAACAAUUUUUCUUGGUUCAUUUUUGUUCCUCUCGUUUCAUUUAUAUGUAAAUUCCAAUUUUCUCCAUCACAAAAAUUGUAUCCAAUUAUUUCCUCGUUUUUUUUUCUUGCACUUUCCAUCAUAAUUAGAUCUAGACUGUAUAUUUUUCCAGAAAAUUAUAAUAUAAUAAGCCAAUUGAGAUUCGCUCUCAACUUUUGAAGCUUUGUCCUUCAAACGUACACACCUUAGCCAAAUAGCAAAAAAAAACACACAGUAGGUAGCAAGCAAGCAGGCAGGCAGGUAUAAUUGCCUUUUUGGAAAAUGAAAAGAAGAAGAAAUAACAGAUGUUCGAAAGAGGCGUUUCUUUAUACUUUUCACACCUUUUCGGUUUUAUUGGUAUUGUUAGAAAAGAAAAGAAUUGGAAUUGGUAUUAUAUCUAUUUCGGUUGUUUUGAAGAAAUAUCCGCUUUUUCAAGGUAGGGUUAGGCUAAGUUAUGAUUUUAGAGGAGUUAGAUUUGAGUUAUUGGAGAAAUUUCGAAUUUUUCGGAACAGGGAGCGCUUAGUCAAAGCUCAAGUUAAAGCUUGACUUAAUUUUAGGAAUUAUUUUAGUUUUUGAAAAAAAACGUGGAAAAUUUCGAAUAAUUUUCAAUUUUUCUUAAAAAAUGUAUUUUAGGAGAGGUUGAAUCGGAUAUUCUGGAAAUGCUGAUCCCGUUCCGAAUUUUGUUAAAAAUCUGAAGAUUUCGGGUCCAUCUGGGGCCGAAUUCAUAAAAGUGGUAUACGGUACCAAAAACAAAAUUUUUUGGUACGCCAAAUGUUUUUUCACUAAUUGAUUAUGGACCUUUUUUCGGCCCCAGAAUUUGCUCUGCUCCUGCUCCGAUUCAGCCCCCUUUCCUAUGAUUUUCCGAAACCUCCAUAUUUUAUUUUAUCGUUCUCAAAACGUACCACAAUCAACCUUCAAAAUCACCCCAGGUGUUCACAAUUUCUUUUCCCAAAAAUAGCAUUACUUCACUUCACCAGAUGUCCUUUUACAUCUGUUUUUAUACUUCGCCUUUCAUUUUAUAUGGUGUGAUUAUACAUUUUUGUAUAUUGUAGUUGUGUAUUCCAUCACUAUUACUAUACAGGGUGACAACAAAUUAUAGCGACAAAAGUAUAUGCUGAUCUGACAGUAAUCACGCAGCAAUUUUUUAUGAUUUCAUUGCUCAAAUUUUCUCAAAAACCAUCAUUUUAUAGUUCCUAAUUAGUAUACUAACUUGUUUUUGAUUAUGAACACAAAAAAUUUCACAAAGUUGGAAAACGAUGGUUUUCAAAAUUUCGCUUUUUGACGAUUUUUUUAAUUUUCGAUAUUUUAUCGGCUAAUUGUUUCAUGUCUGUAAGUAAUAUUUCAUAACUAUAAUUUUUAGUUUAGGUAAAGUAAGUAUUGGGGAAGGUUCAGCACAAAUAUUAUUACAGCUACCCGACUUUCAGACUUUUUUAGAUGUGGUUAUAUUGAACCAACACUUGCGAGUAUCACAAUUUCAUUUUUUGAUAAAAUUGAAAUCUGGGGAAACAAUUCCAAUAUUUAUAAGUAUGAAUGAUUGCAAAUAGUCUGAAUACUAUCAAAAAUUGUCGAAAAAAAUUUUGAGCAUGAAUCCUCUUCAUUUAUUAGAGUUAUUAACGGAUGAUCAGAAUCAACUGAUGGAUUUUGAGAAAUUAUGAUUUUUGGAAAAGUUGCAUUUCUUUCAAAUUUUAUUUUUGAAAAUCAUAUUCGUGAUAUAAGAACAUUCACUAAACACCUUUGGAACAAUUUGAAACAUUAACAUCGUUGAAAAAAAAAUAUUGGGACAUUUUUUAAUUUUGACAUGAUUUGAAAAUUCACAAAAUUCCGAAAAUUCAUGAUAAUUGAAUCCCGGUGGAUUACUCAUUUGAAGAUCAGAAAUUGUUAUAACUGUGAAACAGUGUGUAUUAUGAUCUAGAAAAACUAUUUUGAGCGAGAAAUAUGAAAUUUAUCAGCCAGGGAAAAUUUUUGUUGAACAAAGUAUCUAGCGAGUACGGAAAGAUUUUUCAUAACUCUUCGAAGGGCAGAAAAAAUAUUGUGAACUUUCCGAGAACUCUUGAUAUUUUUUCUGCGUGGUCCUGGAUAGUCAGGAAAGUCUCAAAAAAAUUUUCAUAGAGAUCGGUUAAGUACGACAGUCACCAGAGUUAGUGGAAUUUGUCGCUAUAAUUUGUUGUCACCCUGUAUACAAUUAUAAUCUUUGAUAAUGAGUAAAAGAAGAAAAUCCGUAAAUAAGAGAAAGAUGAGGUAAAUCGUUCGACCUUGUUGUUAUUUCCGAUUAGAAUCUUUUUUCUUCUCGUCCGAAUUUCGACUUUGUUUCUUCUUCUUCUUCGUUCCACUAACAACACAAUGCGAUUAAUGUAAAUAUAUAUAUGGUUUUUUAAUGCGCGGAUAACAGCCCGGCAAAUUAUUUGCUCUGUUCCGCCUGAUUUUUUAUUGGCGGGGCGAAAACCUUAAAAAUACAAAUAAUAAUAGAAAUUAGUUUUGUUUGUUUUCUUACACUAUACGUUUAUGACACAUUUUUGCUGUGUUUAUUUGACUGACAGUUUUGGUCCCCUCCCAGUUUCUAUGUCCUCCCAAAUACGUCUGUGAUCUCGAAAAUAAACAUUUUUUGCGAGUAAUUUGAUAUCUAUCUCAACGAGGUCACAGAGGAAAAAAACUGUUGCUUGGUGGAAAAUUGAUUUUCAAAUACUUUUGAGAUUUUUGAAUUUUAUUCUUAGGAUAGAUAGCCCUGAGACUAUUCGAAUGAUAUAAAUUUUGAUGAAUUUACGUUAGCUAUAAGUGAUUUAGCGGCUUUUAGUGGAUUUUUUAGACCUUAAGCCUGAAAAAGUCACUAAGUCACUUAUGGGUAACGUAAAUUCAUCAAUAUUCAAAUCAUUCGAAAAUGUUUUAUCCUAUAAAAACUAUUUCAACCCAUUUGCGUAAAAAAACGAAUUUUUUUCAAUUUUUAAUCGGUUUAGUAAUUUUUUAUCAAAAAAAAUUCCAAAUGACUCACCUAAAUGAAAUAUUUUAAUAAAUAUAUUUCUAAUAAUCAAUAACUGGUUAAAAGUUGUGUAAUAGUACUUUUUGUUGUUUACAAUUCAAUUAGGGUUUUCUUCUUCCUCUUCGAGAUUUUUGAUUCCUAUGUUGUUAGCAUUAAAAUAUUAGAACUUGUGUCUAGUAGCUGAGCCUAGCGAACCUAGGUGUCUAGGAGCCACGCCUAGAGAUCCACUUUGGCAAGGAGCCACGCCUUGAGAGCUUCUAUGUCAAGCAGGGAAGCCUUCCCUUCCAAGUUUUUUCUCUCCCUUCGUUUUUUGCCUUCCAAAAAAAUAAACAUAGUUUGGUGAUAGGCGGCCAUAUUCUAUUAUUGACAUAUCUAUCACACACACGACGAACACUUUUUCGCGCAUGAUCCGCCACUUUCUCCAUUCAUUUUGUCAUUUUUCAAUAUAUAUUAUAUUUUCUCCCGGUAUAUAUUUAUUAAUUUAUCAAUUGAUGAUGAUGAUUGAUUGCAAUAUUUUUGGGUUUCAUUUUCUGAUUGAUUUUUGAAUGUGAUUUUCAGCCUGAAAAACUCGGGGAAAGCUGGAUAUUGGAAGAUUUUGAAUAUUAAUUUAAUUUCAGAAAAGCAUCAAAUUUCAUUUUAUGAAAUUUCGGCCCAAAAGCUUACCUCAAAAUUUAUUACCUAAAUUUACCCUAAUUUUAAAAAAUGUAAAAUUACUCUAAAAUUUCCCUUCCCAAUUUUAGGGCCCAUGGCUUUAAAUAGACUCUAGUCUACAUAGGCUUAAGUCUAAGACUUAAGCCCAAAUCUUAGGCUCAAGUCUGAAUAUGUCUGGUCUAAACCAGGCUCUAAAUAGACUCUAGUCUAAACUAAUCCUCAAACAUUAUCACGUAAUUUAUAUAUUUUUAACCGAAUCCUCUUUUUUUCAUACCCCUGACCCCUUUUCCCAAUAAAUAACUCUCAUUCCUCAUUCUUUUCUUUUUUCCAGAUCCACUCCACUUCAACCAAAAAACAAUCGAAUUCAAGCGAUUCAAAAUAUGGGAAAUAAUGUGUCGACUCCUCAACCGAUCCGGGAUUUGAUCAACAAAUUCGACAGCCUCGAUUUGUGUGGUUCGAUCAAAAAAGAGGAUUUGAAAGAUGAUGAAAAUGUGGAGAAAAUUCAACCACAUCGAUUGAUUAUUAAUGAGACAGUGCAGGUAACUUUUUGCUAAGCCUAAAAAUUUAAAACAAAAUUAAAAAAUUUAGGAAUUCGAGAAAGAUCCGAAUGGAAAUGAGACAACUGAGGAAGUGUCGGAAAAAUCGAAAUCUUCAGAUUUUGAAGAUGUUGAGAUCGGAAGCACCGCCACAACAAAUGGAGAAGAUAAUAAUAGUCAACCUGGAGAACACUUUAAAAUUGCGUUAGAUGUUGAAAGUGAUAGUGGAAUUUCGGGAUCUGGGAAUUUUUCACCGGAAAGUUCGAAGAGAGCAGCAGGAGAAGCUGAAAAUUCAGAGGAAAAUGAGAAUGAGUUCCAGAAACUGCAUGAUAGUGUCAAAAAGGAGUUGCAGCAGAAAAUGGAAGAAGCUAGCAAGGAUUUGGAAAAUGUUGAUGUGAGUUUUGGUGUUUUUGGGGGAAAAUUUGAAAAUUGAAAAAUUUCCCGCCAAAAACCACAGUAACCCGAUUUUUGGCGUUGAGACCAUUUUUCUGAAACCAAAAAUGCCACGAGAAAUUUUUUAAAUUUUGAAAAUUUUCGCGCGAAAGCUAAAAGCUACAGUAGAAUUUUUUAAAUUUUUUGUGCAAAAAUAUAAAGAUAGAAAUAUUUUUGGACAAGAACGUGGCAAUUUAGAACAAUUUGUUUUUGAAAAAUAUAUUGAAAAUCUUCCCGCCAAAAACCACAUUAACCCGAUUUUUCGCGUUGUGACCCUUUAAAAUUUAAAAUUUUCAAAAAUUUACGUUUUUUUUUACUCAAACAUUUUGAUGUAGAACAACUUUUCAACAAUAUAUAAAUGUUGCAGGAUCUACCCGAAAUUUGCGCUGAUUCCCUUCGAGCUGCCAACGGAAAUGCGCAUUUAUUGGUCCGAAAAAAGUUUGGAAAAUUUGAAGAGUUGAUCGGAAAAUAUUUGAAACCCAUCGAAGGCGAUCCAAUGCCUGUUAAUUCCGCUGAUUUGGAAGCAUUUUGGGCGACAAUUGAUAUGGAAUUGAGUGGAAUUCGAAAAGAAUUUGAAAAAGUUGAGAAAUUCCGAAAUGCUCAAUGGAAUCCUGAAGCUGUGGAAGAAGAGAAAGAAGAGGUGAAGAAAAUUGAGCCGAAGAAAGUUGUGCCGAAAAAGAAAGUUGAGAUGAGUGCAGAAGCGAAGGAGAAAAUUGAGAAACAACGUCAAGCUGCGGAAGCUCGAAGAGCUGAAAUGCGCUCGAAAAUGCGUCAAAAAAUGGCGGAAAUUCAAAAAAAUACUAACGAAAAACUUGAAUCCUGA